CGAAACGAAAGCCAGAGGCAAAACCCAACCCCCGGUCACUGUUGAUUUUCUCCGUUUUUACAGUUUCACCCUUGUAUGCCAUUGACGUGCCUCACUUCAAACAACUUUAAAAAAAAAAUAAAAAAAACCCCAGCACGCCCUUUCUCUCAGUCUCAGUCUCAGUCUCUCACCUCUCACCAUCUUGCAGCGGCGUCAAGGCGCCUCCUGUGCUCCUCCAGCAUCUUCUGCUUCUUGUAAUCUCAUCUGCAUCAGAUAUACACAACAUAACCAGAAGACUACAUUGCAAAAGAAAGAGAAGAAAAUGCAAGAAUCAUCCGAGUCAAAGCCUGACUUCAGAAUUGGGCAGCGGGUCCACUCAUCAGGUGAUCCAUGUCGAAUUGGGACGGUGAGGUAUGUGGGACCUGUCCAAGGCUAUUCGGGCACAUGGGUCGGAGUUGAUUGGGACAAUGGAGAGGGCAAGCACGAUGGGACCAUCAAUGGGGUUCGAUACUUCCAGGCAAGGUCUGAACGAUCCGGGUCUUUUGUCCGGUCCCAGAAUCUCAGCUCUGGCAUUUCGUUGUUGCAAGCUCUCCAGCUCAGAUACCGAGGUGACACGACUAAAGAAGAAGAGGAUGAAAUGUAUGUCCUUUCAGCGAGCAACAAGCGUGUAAAUGUUCAACUUGUUGGCAAAGACAAAAUUCAAGACAAGCUAAGUCGAUUAGAGGAGUUGACAAGUGCAUCGGUAUCUUAUUUGGGUGUUAGCUCUCCUGGAGUCCCAUGUGAUAUCAGUACUAAUGUGCCUAAUUUAAAGGAGCUUGACUUGACUGGAAAUCUAAUUUCAGAAUGGAAGGAUGUCAGCACAAUCUGUGAACAAUUGGCAGAUCUUUUUGCCCUCAAUUUAUCUUACAACUUAAUGGCACAUGAUAUGGUUGGGUUGCCACAUUUAAAACGCAUCCGCAUUUUAGUGCUAAACAAUAUUGGCAUAAAUUGGACCCAGGUUGAAAUACUCAAACAGUCUUUGCCAGAAAUUGAAGAACUACAUCUGAUGGGGAAUAAAAUAAGCACAAUAGAGCCUGCAUCAUCUUUUGCAGUUCAGGGAUUUGAUUAUUUGCGCCUUCUGAAUUUGGAAGACAAUUGUAUAGCUGAUUGGAAUGAAAUCUUGAAACUUUCACAGCUAAGAAGCUUGGAGCAGCUUCAUUUGAGCAAUAACAGUUUGAUUCGAGUCUUUUAUCCUGAUGAUGGAAUGAUGCAUGAACUGCUAAAUGGUUAUGACUCAUGUGAGGAAAGCCAUAAGCCAUUUCAGAAUUUGCGUUGCCUUCUUCUUGGUGGCAACAACAUUGAGGAUCUGGCCUCUAUUGAUUCGCUAAACUCAUUCCCACAACUAGUGGAUAUCAGGCUUUCUGAGAAUCCAGUGGCUGACCCUGGACAAGGUGGAAUCCCAAGAUUUGUUUUGGUUGCCCGUUUAGCUAAAGUUGAAAUGUUGAAUGGGAGUGAGGUUAGUUCUCGUGAAAGAAAAGAGUCAGAGAUUCGGUAUGUCCGAUUAGUUAUGUCAAAAAUGCAAGGAAAUAGCAAAGAACUCCAGUGGCUUCAUCCUAGGUUUGCGGAGCUUAAGGUUUUUCAUGGAAUUGAAGAUGAAAAGCCAUUAGUUGGAGCAGCAGGCCCUCAGAAAAUGGCUUCAGGACUUCUAUCUAUUACUCUGAAAUGUGUGGGAGCAUCUAUUGGUGAGAAGCCGUCACUGACGAAGAAACUCCCAGGCGCCACAACGGUUGGUAAGCUAAAAAUUCUUUGUGAAAGCUUUUUCAAGCUGAAGUCUAUCAAGCUGAAAUUGUUUCUUCAAGAAGAGGGUUCUCCUUUGCCAAUGUUGCUUGAUGAUGAAAUGGCAACUUUAACGGACCUUGGGAUUGGCAAUGAAUCAACCAUUCUUGUAGAUGAAGAGAGUUAAGAGAAGUAUCUGCAGAGAAGUUUCUUAUGUUUUUGCGGUCAGUAAAUCCAAAACAACCAAAUUCAAGAUUUUCAAGUCGCAUCUGCUAAACCAAGGUCAAAUUUUGGGCUACCUAGAAGCAAGCAGUAGCUGCUAUUGUUCCAUUUGAAGCAUGUUUAAAAUAUCUACUACUUCUGUCACUCCAUGAGACAGCUCUGCAGGUCGUAAGAAGUGCAUUUUACAAUUGGUUAUUGUUACCGUGAUUUUGGGUCGUAUGUUAGAACUAGGAUGUCUUCGAUUUUUACAAAGAAACAAGGUUCAAGUUAUGUGUGCCAUGAAAUAAAUGUGGAAACUGUGCAUCUGGUCUUAGGCCUAGGGUUUGUUGAUUUCUAUUGUUU